AUGUAUUUUGUAGGCAAAUAUCUGCUCGCUGUUACAAACACCUACAACAUUACCAAAAUUCAUAUCAAUGAAGAUAUGCGAGACAUCCAAGAUUUUUUGAAAAGGUUACCUGUGGACUUCAAAUUUGGAAGAUCUUCAACAUCUGGCACUCAAAACCGUUCUUGGUCACAACAAUCUUUCGCUUCUAACCUAUCUCUGACCGAGAAGUUUAUGGCCAAAGCUAUCCACCUACCAUUAUAG